AUGAAUUAAAAUUAAGACAGUCAUGUUAUUUAUCAAGAAUUGCUCACUAGUUCAUUAAAUAAGCUCCUUAAGCUUCUUCCAAAAUAAAUGGUUAGUCUUAAGACAUUGAUUGAUAAAUCAUUAGGUAUUAAUAAUUUAAUAAUAAGAGCAAAUUGAAUAGACAAAAAAUGAUGUUAAUAGGUUUGCAACAAAUGCCAAUAAGUAUUUCAUCAUCUAUAAAUAUUGUAUCGAUAUCAAACAUAAUAAAAUUACUGAAUGUUGCCUCUAUGAUCUUGAAGUAUAAUUUCCCUCUAUUUUAAGAAAUUGAUAUCAUAAAACUUUAUAGAUGGUUAUUCUUAUGAUUACUUAGAAUUUGAAAAGGGUAAAUAGAAAGAUAGGAUGCUCAUAGAUUCAAUUGUAGAAUCCAUAAUAAGCUGUACUAAAUUGUAAGAUGAAAAUUUACAUUAUUUGAUUGUAAAAUGCAUAGAUGCAUUAUUUAAAUAAUAAAGAUUGAUUAUUAGUGGAGAGACAUUAUUGUCUACAUUUAAAGCUUAUUUACAUCUUUAUAAAUUAGGAAUGGGUUCUAUAAAGAAUAGUAUCAAAUAGGCCAUAAAGAGUGUAUAUGAUAAUAGUCAAGUAAAAGUUGAUAUGGAAAAUAUGUUGAAUAAAGGUUUGUCAUGGAAUUCAUUUUAUGAUGAACCUAAAGAGAUAGAAGAAGUAGCAAUAUCAGAUGGAGAUAUUGUUGAAUAUGUGUCAAUCACAUUGAGACAUAUGGUAGAUGAUGUUAUUUUAUAUAAUGAAAGAAUAAAAACUGGAUAAGCAAAUAUUCCUAUAGCAUCUGUUCCUUAAGCAUGGGAAGCAGAAGAUAUUAAAUACAAAAAUUAUAUAGAAGUAAAGGUUGUUGAAAAUGGAAUUACAUCAGGAAAAUUUGGUUGGUGUAUUUUAUGUAGAUAACCAGCUCCUUAUUUUUGUAAAGAUACUAGAGUGCCUGUAUGUUCAGUACCUUGUAAAAAGAAACAUUUUGAAAUGAUUGAAAAUAUUAAAAUUAUGUAGAGUGGAUAAUAGAGUAGGAAUGAUGAUUGUUAAAUUAUUUUCAAAUAUUUAUCAUCAAAAGCUAAUAAAGAUAAAAAUAUUAAGAAAGAAGUUUGUUUGGAUUUUAUUUUAUAUAUUAUAGAAUCUUAUCCAUUACAUAUUUAAUAAUUAAAUUUUGAUGAGAAUUUUAUAAAUAUGAUAUGCUUAAAUUUGAAAAAUAAAAGAACAUCAACUACUACAUUUAAAAUAUUAUUAUUAUUAAUAUUUCAUGCAAGAGAUCUCUUAUAAAUACAAUUAGAAAUUAUAUUUUGA